UUAAGUCCUAGGUAAGUGGAUCUGCGCAAUUCCUGUUCUUCACCGGCGAGGCAGGAGAUGUGCUGCGCAUUUCUUUGAAGCGACUUAUCCUAGCUUCCACAAACGCAAUCGGAGAUAGUGAGUGGGGAUCCGCAGAAUGGAAGACUUCCAUGCACGCUUCCCUAGUUUCCAAGGGUUGGGCGGGGGCUGGAGGAGCCAGCUGCACUGUUCCCGCGGUCCGGGCGCGCGCAUUAGAGUGUGGAUGUUCCCCUAGCCUAGACCAGCGGCUCCGCGCCGCGCCGUGCCGGAUAGUCCUGAAGAUGCUGCGAGCGCGCCCUGCACGUGGCGGGGGCCAGGGCCCUGUAAAGUGCCAAUCGGAGUGCAGCCCCCCGCGGCACUCUGCACGCCCCGCCUCUCCGACCCCUCCCCACAUUCACUUGGCAGCUGGAACCAGUUGGUGGAUAGAAACCUGCGGCCGAGGCUCAGCAGAAGAAGAGUCUGAGUGCCGCCAUCGCGGACACCUUGCCGCCGGCCUCCGGUGCGCGGGCGGCGGGCAUGUUGGCAUGGCAGUCCGGCGGGGCCAAGGCGGCUCCCUCCCACCACAAGAUAUCCUUCUCGGUCCUGGACAUUCUGGAUCCACAAAAAUUCACCCGCGCUACACUCCCGGCCGUGCGCUUUUCUCCCCGGGAAGCCAAGAAAAGUUUGGCGGAGGUCGAAGCAGGGAAGGAAGCCAACCCUGGAGAGCCGGUCCAACAGCAGGAGACCCCUGAUGCUGCGGGCCCAGACGCCGGUGUGGCGUCCCCCCUGGAGAGUUCCGAGGCCGAAGAGGAUGAAGAGGACGCCGAGGAGGCGGGGCAGGCGCGGCAGCGGGAGCGGGCAGCGCACCUGCAGACAGGUCCGGGGCGCUCCCCCGAGGCGCGGGUGGCCCCACUGGGGGCUGCCGAGUGCAGCGCGGACGGCGAGGGCGGCCUCGCGGGCUCCCCCGAAUGCCCCGGCUCCCCGCGGCCCAGGCGCCGGCGCGCGGAGCCCAGCAGCUCCAAGCCUCGCCGCGCGCGCACCGCCUUCACCUACGAGCAGCUGGUGGCCUUGGAGAACAAGUUCCGGGCCACCCGCUACCUAUCGGUGUGCGAGCGCCUGAACCUAGCGCUGUCGCUCAGCCUCACCGAGACGCAGGUUAAAAUCUGGUUUCAGAACCGCAGGACCAAGUGGAAGAAGCAGAACCCGGGAGCCGACGGUGCGGCGCAGCCCGGGACACCCGGCGCGGCGGCGGGCACCUGCGGCGGGGGCACGGGGGGCAGCCCCGGCCCACCGGGCCCGGGAGCACUGCCCUUCCAGACUUUCCCCGCCUACUCCGCGGCCAACGUCCUCUUCCCGGCCGCCGCGUCCUUCUCGCUAACGGCCGCCGCCGCCGCCGGGAGCCCCUUCGCGCCCUUCCUCGGGCCCGCCUACUUGACCCCCUUUUAUACCCCGCAUCUAUGA